AUGAUGCUCCAGCUAAGCAGAUCGACCGUGUCUUCCCAGCAGCGUCGUAUUGGCACCAAACUCGUGAUCCCUCGCACCCAACGGACGUUCAGGCGUUCUGCGUCCGCAUCCGUGAUCCAAUACGCGUCCCCAUUUGCACGUCCCGUCGUGCUCGCAGUAUCAGCUGUAACCUUCGCUUCUCUCGCUGUAAACUCCUCCAGCUCCUCCUCCUCCUCCGAAGCAGCCAAGCCAAGCCUCGAGCUUGACAGUAGCUCAAGUCCAGAAGAGUUUCUCUAUCCAGCCAUCCAGCCGUUUAAUACCGGCACCAUUCGCGUCUCUCCAGUCCAUGAACUCUACUAUGAAGAAUGCGGGAACCCGUACGGGAAACCCGUGAUCCUGGUCCAUGGUGGACCAGGUGCUGGCUGCUCGGCUCACAUGAGACGGUUCCAUGAUCCUCGGGUGUACCGCAUCAUUUUGCUGGACCAACGUGGCUCUGGACGGAGUCAACCUCAUGCAUCACUGGAAGAGAAUACGACGUGGCACUUGGUUGAAGACAUGGAGAAGCUCCGGUGUCAGCUGAACAUUGACAAGUGGCAAGUCUUUGGAGGUUCGUGGGGAAGUACCCUAUCGAUCGCGUAUGCAAUCACGCACCCGACUCACGUGACGGAAUUGGUGCUGCGAGGCAUCUUCCACCUGCGCAAGCAAGAGAUCGACUUUUAUUAUCAAAGUGGUGCCAACUUUAUCUACCCGGAUCGCUGGGAGGCUUACCGGGAUGCUAUUCCUGAAGAAGAGCGUGGAGAUUUUGUGAUGGCGUACCAUAAACGGCUAACAAGUGAUGACGCAACUGUCCGGAUUCCAGCAGCUCUGGCCUGGACAACAUGGGAGAAAACCACGAGUAACCUCAUUCCUCCACCGGAUGUACGGGACAAGUCGAUGGACGAAGAAAAGUUCGCCGAAGCAUUUGCUCGCAUUGAAAACCAUUACUUUGUCAACAAGGGCUUCUUCCCCACGGACGAGUUCCUCAACGAGAACGCGCACAAGAUCCGCCACAUUCCGACGGUCAUUGUCCAGGGACGGUACGACAUCGUUUGCCCGAUGAAGACGGCUUGGGACUUCCACAAGGCUUUUCCAGAGGCUGACUUCCGCGUCGUCCAGACGGCCGGUCAUUCUGCCAUGGAGCCUGGCAUUGCGAAGGAGCUCGUCGACGCCACCGACAAAUUUAAGAGCUUGUAA